AUGAUUAAGGAGCUGUUUCCUGUGAUCCAGUAUUCCACAGUUUGUAGCUGUCUGGAAGUGUCACAAAUGAUUAAGGAGCUGUUUCCUGUGAUCCAGUAUUCCACAGUUUGUAGCUGUCUGGAAGUGUCACAAAUGAUUAAGGAGCUGUUUCCUGUGAUCCAGUAUUCCACAGUUUGUAGCUGUCUGGAAGUGUCACAAAUGAUUAAGGAGCUGUUUCCUGUGAUCCAGUAUUCCACAGUUUGUAGCUGUCUGGAAGUGUCACAAAUGAUUAAGGAGCUGUUUCCUGUGAUCCAGUAUUCCACAGUUUGUAGCUGUCUGGAAGUGUCACAAAUGAUUAAGGAGCUGUUUCCUGUGAUCCAGUAUUCCACAGUUUGUAGCUGUCUGGAAGUGUCACAAAUGAUUAAGGAGCUGUUUCCUGUGAUCCAGUAUUCCACAGUUUGUAGCUGUCUGGAAGUGUCACAAAUGAUUAAGGAGCUGUUUCCUGUGAUCCAGUAUUCCACAGUUUGUAGCUGUCUGGAAGUGUCACAAAUGAUUAAGGAGCUGUUUCCUGUGAUCCAGUAUUCCACAGUUUGUAGCUGUCUGGAAGUGUCACAAAUGAUUAAGGAGCUGUUUCCUGUGAUCCAGUAUUCCACAGUUUGUAGCUGUCUGGAAGUGUCACAAAUGAUUAAGGAGCUGUUUCCUGUGAUCCAGUAUUCCACAGUUUGUAGCUGUCUGGAAGUGUCACAAAUGAUUAAGGAGCUGUUUCCUGUGAUACAGUAUUCCACAGUUUGUAGCUGUCUGGAAGUGUCACAAAUGAUUAAGGAGCUGUUUCCUGUGAUACAGUAUUCCACAGUUUGUAGCUGUCUGGAAGUGUCACAAAUGAUUAAGGAGCUGUUUCCUGUGAUCCAGUAUUCCACAGUUUGUAGCUGUCUGGAAGUGUCACAAAUGAUUAAGGAGCCGUUUCCUGUGAUCCAGUAUUCCACAGUUUGUAGCUGUCUGGAAGUGUCACAAAUGAUUAAGGAGCUGUUUCCUGUGAUCCAGUAUUCCACAGUUUGUAGCUGUCUGGAAGUGUCACAAAUGAUUAAGGAGCCGUUUCCUGUGAUCCAGUAUUCCACAGUUUGUAGCUGUCUGGAAGUGUCACAAAUGAUUAAGGAGCUGUUUCCUGUGAUCCAGUAUUCCACAGUUUGUAGCUGUCUGGAGGUGUCACAAAUGAUUAAGGAGCUGUUUCCUGUGAUCCAGUAUUCCACAGUUUGUAGCUGUCUGGAAGUGUCACAAAUGAUUAAGGAGCCGUUUCCUGCGAUCCAUAUUCCACAGUUUGUAGCAGUCUGGCAAGUGUCACAAAUGAUUAAGGAGCUGUUUCCUGUGAUCCAGUAUACCACAGUCUGUAGCUGUCUGGAAGUGUCACAAAUGAUUAAGGAGCCAUUUCCUGUGAUCCGGUAUUCCACAGUUUGUAGCUGUCUGGAAGUGUCACAAAUGAUUAAGGAGCUGCUUCCUGUGAUCCAGUAUUCCACAGUUUGUAGCUGUCUGGAAGUGUCACAAAUGAUUAAGGAGUCGUUUCCUGUGAUACAGUAUUCCACAGUUUGUAGCUGUCUGGAAGUGUCACAAAUGAUUAAGGAGCCGUUUCCUGUGAUCCAGUAUUCCACAGUUUGUAGCUGUCUGGAAGUGUCACAAAUGAUUAAGGAGCCAUUUCCUGUGAUCCAGUAUUCCACAGUUUGUAGCUGUCUGGAAGUGUCACAAAUGAUUAAGGAGCCGUUUCCUGUGAUCCAGUAUUCCACAGUUUGUAGCUGUCUGGAAGUGUCACAAAUGAUUAAGGAGCCGUUUCCUGUGAUCCAGUAUUCCACAGUUUGUAGCUGUCUGGAAGUGUCACAAAUGAUUAAGGAGCCGUUUCCUGUGAUCCAGUAUUCCACAGUUUGA